AUGCAAACUCGCUCUCAAACCCGAGACCAACCCCCUCAACCCCCAAAAGAAGCAGCCUAUGCUCAGCCCUCGAAUCCCGUUUCACACACGCCACAAGAACAACGAGCAACUCAAGACCGACACCAUGGUGACACAAUCGGGUCAAUUAAACGCACAGCCUCAUCGAGACCUUCGAGCGACGAAGAACUCUCUCGUCUGAAGGCACAGCACCAGCAACACGAACGAGAAUUACACAAUGCACCUGACGUCGAUCUAGACUACGGCGUGGAGCAGCAACCCGCUGAGGGAUAUAUUGCGGAUGUUGUUCGACGGAAGGGGAUGGGGAUUCAGCGUGCACAGGCUGGUGCGCAUGCUGGGCCUGUUGGGAGUGCGGGGGGACCUGGACAUCCUGGGUUCGGGGAAGCGGAUGAUCUAGCGGCGAAUCUGGGUGCUAAGAGAGUUGAACAUGAUCGAAUACUUGGAGAUAGGAUUGGGAAGAGUCCGGUUGAGCCGGAUGGGGAGGUUGUUGAAAGGGAGGCUGUUAGAAGACAGAGAUUGGAGAGGGAUGAGAAGUUGGAUGUGAAAGAGGCGGUUAAACAAGCUACUGGUGAUCCUGUAGUAGGUGAAUAG